AUGAAUGGCGCGUCUGCCAAAGGGCCGCCCUCCUUCCGAGACACUCGAUCAGCUUGGAGAAUACUCCAACAGAAUCCUUCGUUGUUGUACACCAUGAUCUUCUGCAAUCCGGUGCUAGUCCUCCACGUUAUCAACGGGUUCCUCAGUUUCCUGUAUCCAACUGCCACCCACGACUCGAUCUUCGACACCUCAGUCCGACCUCAUCUAGACGCUCAUGCUCAAGACGGCCUGUGUCGCCUCUUCACCCUGUUCAUGGUUGCAUUACAAUCAGCACUCUACUCGUCGCAGGCAGCCAGAAUAACAACGCCACGCCUUUCAGACGGAGAUACGGACGAGAGAGCUGCUGACGGAUGA